GCUGCCAUGGCUUUCUGUAACGAAAGCCUGCUGGAGAAUUGUGACUUCAUGGAGCCAGAGGAAGGUUUGCUGGAGGAAGCCGCGACCCCACUGAUAUCAGUCACUCUGCGUGUGACUCUGGCGGCCAUAAUGAUCUUCAUGAUUACCAUCGGUUUCCUCGGCAAUGCCAUCGUGUGUCUGAUUGUUUACCAGAAACCCGCCAUGCGCUCCGCCAUCAACCUCCUCCUCGCUACUUUGGCCUUUUCCGACAUUAUGCUCUCUCUGCUCUGCAUGCCCUUCACUGCAGUGACGGUCGCCACCGCCGACUGGAGCUUUGGGAACGGGUUCUGCCGAGCCUCCAUCAUGCUGUACUGGCUGUUUGUCCUGGAGGGAGUGUCCAUCCUCCUCAUCAUCAGUGUGGACCGAUUCCUCAUCAUUGUACAGCGGCAGGACAAACUGACUCCACACAGAGCUAAACUGCUGAUCGCGGGUUCAUGGGUGUUGAGCCUGUUUGUGUCCCUGCCGUCUGUGGUCGGGUGGAGGACAGGCGCAGCAGGUAUUGGGGGUGCCUGGGCACCACAGUGUGUUCUGGGAUACAGCGAGUCUGUGGCGGACCGUGGGUACACGGUGCUGUUGGCAGUCGCAGUAUUCUUCGUGCCAUUCACCGUCAUGCUGUACUCUUACAUGUGCAUCCUCAACACGGUACGCCACAACACCCUGCGCAUCCACAACCACACCGGUGAGCACUCCUGUCUGCCAGCCCUCAACCAAGUCAGCAAGAUGAGACUCAGUGGGCUGCAGCGCCCCCCUCAGGUCAAAGUGGACAUGAGCUUCAAGACCCGAGCCUUCACCACCAUCCUCAUCCUCUUUGUGGGCUUCUCAGUGUGCUGGUUGCCGCACACCGUGGUCAGCCUGCUGGCCGUGUUCAGCCGACAGUUUUACUACAGCCCGUUCUUCUACCCAAUCAGCAUCGGCGCUCUGUGGCUCAGCUACCUGAAGACGGUUUUUAACCCCGUCAUCUACUGCUGGAGGAUCAGGAAGUUCAGGGAGGCCUGUCAGGAGUUCAUUCCCAAAAGCUGCAGACUGUGUCCCAAAGUGCCGGGCAGGAGCCGCAGGAGAGUGAGGCCCAGUAACAUUUAUGUGUGCAGCGAGACUCAGUCAGCUGUGUGA